UGUACAUUUUUGCCUAAAAGAAAGAAAGCCUUGGGAGUCAAACUUCCUGUUAAAUUCUGUAUCUGCGUUUAUUAGUUCUGUGGACAUCAGGCAUCUAUUUGACUUCUCUGAGCCUCAGUUUCCUAAUCUGUAAAGGAACAAUUCUGUCUUUGUAAGAAUAUUCGGAGAAUUAAAAAAGAGCACGUGAAACUCGUCACUUAGUGCUGCUUCCACCACCGUCGCCACCAAUGCCAACAUGGGUGCAGGUUGCUGUUCUCCUUUUCUUUUUCCUACUCACCCCUCUCACUGUUAAAAGAGAAAAAAAGAAACCAUGAAGAAAGACAGUAAAAAGAUACAGUCAUGUGCCACAUAAUGUUUCAGUCAAUGACAGAUGGCAUAUAGGACGGUGGUCCCAUAAGAUUAGUACAUACAGCCUGGGUGUGGAGUGGGCUAUACCAUCUAGUUUUGUGUAAGUACACACUAUAUGAUGUUCAUGCAGCGACAAAAUUGCCUAACAGUGCAUUUCUCAAAAUGUGUCCCUGUCUUUAAGUGACGUGUGGCCGUGUCACAAUUGAAGUUGACAGUAAGCUGUGAUUCAGUUUGAGCAGGGUAAUCAAUGUACUUGAGAAGAGAGAGCAGACUCAGCCUGGCACUUGAGGCCUCUCCUGUUUUCUAGCUUUACUACUGAUUGCCCUCUUGGAUGCACCCUGACAACGAGGCUACUUAGCAUUCCCCAAAGGCCUUGUGCUUCCUGUAACACCAUCCCUUCCACUCAGUAUGUUCUGCCACUCAAUUCUACCAGUUCAGAUACAUACUCCCCUCACCCAGUGAAAACGGUAUCUGUCUCCUCGUGCAGCUUGUCUGUCCUGUAGCUUGGGCCUUGAUAGACUGGAAACUGUGAGGAGGGAAACUGUGUCCAUCAUGUCCACCGGAGAAUGCCCAGCAAAAUAUCUGGCAAAGAAUAGACAGUCAUAUUUGUUAAAUAAAGGAAUGAAUAAUUGACUUUGAUCUUUCUUUUGCCUUAUGUUAUGUGUCUGGGUAACUCGUCUCACCAAGUACACUGUACGCCUCUUGAAGACAGGCUUAUGCCAUUUCUCACUAAUAAUGAUGACAGUAAAAUGUGGUGGUGGAGGUGGUGAGAGGCAAACAGAUUUAUUAUAUAAGAGCAUAUAAUCAUAGAAACCAUAAUUAACAUUUGUUGACCAUUUAUUAUGUUCCAGGAACUGUUUUUAAAAAAGUCCCUGAUGUGGGUUAUCUCAUAUAGUCCUCAGCAACCCUGUGAGUUGGGUACUAUUAUUAUACAUAUGGGGAAACUGAGGCAUACAGGUUUAGGGGCUUGCUCAGGAUCACACAGGCUAGGAGGUGGUAGAGCUGGGAUUCCAAUGCAGACGUCCUAAGUCUAGCAGCCCAGCUCUGACCCUGCCACAGUGCUUUCAACCUGUUUGUUGAGUACAGUCAUUUAUAGGUUCUUGAACAAUUUAGGAAAAGUUAUUUAAGUACACAUGCAACUUCCCAUUUUCCUUCUCAACCAUCCCGUUUUAGUAACUUCUAUUCUUUUCUUUCCAAUUUAUCUCAGGCUUCAUGUUCUCCGGGAGGCUCUCUCAGACCGUUCUGCCUGGCCUGUAGUAGGUGUUCAACAAAAAGUGAAUUUUACUUUUUUUUCCCCUCCAGGUUCACAAUAAAGGUGCUAAGAAAGAGAAUGUAAGACAGGAAAAUAAUUAAAUAUUUUUACGGAGUCUCUUCAACAGGCCACAUUUAAGAGGUGUCUCGUACCCCUUGUUGCCGGUGGCUGGAACACGAUGGAUCACACAGGGGCGUUAGACACUGAGGAUGAAUUGGGACCUUUAGCCCAUCUUGCUCCAAGUCCUCAAAGUGAAGCGGUUGCCCACGAAUUCCAGGAACUCUCCUUACAGUCCAGUCAGCACUUACCCCCUCUGAACGAAAGGAAGAAUGUGCUCCAGCUGAGGCUGCAGCAAAGGAGGACGAGAGAACAACUAGUGGACCAGGGCAUCAUGCCACCUUUGAAGAGCCCAGCGGCAUUCCACGAGCAGAUAAAAAGCUUGGAACGAGCCAGAACUGAAAACUUUUUGAAACACAAGAUUCGGAGCCGACCAGAUCGUUCUGAACUUGUCAGGAUGCACAUUUUAGAAGAAACAUUUGCAGAGCCAUCCCUGCAGGCUACUCAGAUGAAGUUGAAAAGAGCUCGACUAGCUGAUGAUCUGAAUGAAAAGAUUGCUCAAAGACCUGGUCCUAUGGAGCUGGUGGAGAAAAACAUCCUUCCUGUAGACUCCAGUGUUAAGGAAGCAAUUAUAGGCGUUGGGAAGGAGGACUAUCCCCAAACUCAGGGCGAUUUCUCAUUUGACGAAGACAGCAGUGAUGCUUUGUCUCCAGACCAGCCAGCCAGCCAGGAGUCACAGGGGUCAGCUGCGUCCCCAAGUGAGCCAAAAGUUAGUGAAUCGCCAUCUCCUGUGACUGCAAACACUCCAGCCCAGUUUACUUCAGUGUCCCCAGCAGUUCCUGAAUUCUUGAAAACUCCUACUACGGAUCAGCCCCCUACAAGGUCCACAGCUCCUGUCCUCCCCACAAACACUGUGUCCUCAGCAAAGCCUGGGCCAGCACUGGUAAAGCAAAGCCAUCCCAAGAAUCCGAAUGACAAACACCGUAGCAAAAAGUGCAAAGAUCCCAAACCCCGGGUAAAGAAGUUGAAGUACCACCAGUACAUUCCACCAGAUCAGAAAGGUGAGAAGAACGAGCCGCAGAUGGACUCCAACUACGCCCGCCUUCUCCAGCAGCAGCAGCUGUUCCUGCAGCUACAGAUCCUGAGCCAGCAGCAGCAACACUACAACUACCAGACGAUCCUGCCUGCGCCACUCAAGCCACUCAAUGACAAAAAUAACAACAGUGGGAAUUCAGCUUUGAACAAUACCAUACCUAACACACCAAGACAGAAUACAUCUGCUCCUGUGAGAAAGCCAGGACCUCUGCCUUCAAGCUUGGAUGACUUAAAGGUGUCAGAACUGAAGACAGAACUGAAGUUAAGGGGUCUUCCAGUAUCAGGCACCAAACCGGACCUCAUCGAACGCCUGAAACCCUACCAGGAAAUGAACAGCAGUGGCGUUGCUGCUAGUGGCAUCGUGGCAGUGUCAACGUCUGCCAUCGUCACUAGUAACCCAGAAGUCACCAUGGCAUUGCCAGUUACAACACUGCUUAACUCUGUGACUAGCUCAGGCUCCACUUUCAAGGCAGAAUUGCCAUCUGCUGGAACCAGCAACGUAGCCCAUGUUGAAAAUGUUAAUUCCCCUCUGCCAAUCUCGCCAUCUCCCUCUGAACAGUCCAGUCUCAGUACCGAGGACACAAACAUGACAGACACUUUCACCGAGAUUAUGACCAUGAUGUCUCCUUCACAGUUCUUGUGCUCAUCUCCCUUGAGAGUGACAAAUAGUGAAGACAGCCUAAGUCCCACCAGCAGCACUCUGUCAAAUCUGGAACUGGACGCAGCUGAGAAGGAUCGCAAGCUUCAGGAGAAAGAGAAGCAGAUCGAAGAGCUAAAGAGGAAACUGGAACAAGAGCAGAAGCUUGUGGAAGUUCUGAAAAUGCAACUUGAGGUUGAAAAACGAGGGCAGCAGCAGCGGCCACUGGAAUCCCAGCCCAGCACGCCAGCUAAUUCUGCCAAGAAGUUAGACCAGAAACACGGCAGUGUAGGUUCCUCCGUCAAAGACGAGACCUCGCUCACUGACUGCUCCAGCUCCAGGCAGCCCGUCCCAGUAGCCAGCCAUUCUGUAGGCCAGCCUGUCUCUACUGGUGGCCAGACCCUUGUUGCCAAAAAGGCUGUAGUGAUCAAGCAAGAGGUCCCUGUGGUCCAGGCAGAGCCGCAGAGCAUCGUCCCGCAGUUUUAUGUGAGUUCCCAGGGACAGCCACCGCCUGCCAUCGCUCAGCCCCAGGCUUUACUGACCGCGCAAACUGCUCAGCUGCUGCUCCCGGUGUCCAUCCAGGGCUCGAAUGUCACCUCAGUGCAACUCCCAGUAGGCAGCCUCAAACUCCAGACUCCACCGCAAGCAGGAAUUCAGACUCAGCCUCAGAUAGCAACUGCUGCCUUGUCCUCAGGCUUGGCCCAGACUGUACCUCAGAAACAAGACACUUUCACGCCCCAUGUGCUCAGUCCAUCUCAGCAAGUCAGAAAGGUUUUCACAAACUCGGCAUCAAACACAGUUCUUCCGUAUCAGAGACCACCUGCUCCAGCAGUCCCACAGCCCUUUAUUAAUAAGACAUCCAACAGCCUUCCUCAAUCCAGAAAUGCACCGCUUCCAUCCCUGCAAAACGGACCUAACACUCCCAACAAGCCUGGGUCGCCCCCUCCACCCCAACAGUUUGUCGUCCAGCACUCUCUCUUUGGGAGCCCAGUCCCCAAGACGAAAGACCCUCCCCGCUAUGAGGAGGCCAUCAAGCAGACGCGCAGCGUCCAGUCCUCCCUUCCAGAGAUUUCCACUGCACACAGUCAGCAGAUGGAUGACCUCUUUGAUAUUCUCAUUAAGAGUGGAGAGAUUUCCCUCCCUAUAAAAGAAGAGCCUUCUCCUAUUUCCAAAAUGAGACCAGUGACAGCCAGCAUCACCACAAUGCCAGUCAACACAGUGGUGUCCCGGCCACCACCCCAAGUCCAAAUGGCACCACCCAUAUCCUUAGAACCUAUGAGCAGUUUAUCUGCCAGCUUAGAGAACCAACUAGAAGCUUUCUUGGAUGGAACUUUACCUUCAGCCAAUGAAGUUGCUCCACUACAAAGCAGCAGUGAAGAUAGAGAGCCCUUCUCUCUAAUUGAGGAUCUCCAGAAUGAUCUGCUGAGUCACUCAAGUGUGCUGGACCAUUCACACUCACCCAUGGAAACUUCCGAGGCCCAGUUUGCUGCAAGUACUCCCUGUCUGUCACUUGACCUUUCUGACUCAAACUUGGACAACAUGGAGUGGUUAGACAUUACUAUGCCUAACUCGUCGUCAGGACUCACUCCUCUCGGCACCACUGCUCCAAGUAUGUUCUCUGCUGACUUUCUAGAUCCCCAAGACCUCCCGUUGCCAUGGGACUAACAUCACAGAUUUCUCGUCUCAGAGUUCAUGAAGUUUAAGAUGAUGACGAUGAUUCUAAAAGGUCAGUUUUUAGGGACAGAUCCUUAGUUGCAUCGUUGCAAUUAAAAUAUGUUGUCACAGAAAGAAUGGAUAGACAGUCAUAGCCUGGAAACCAAGUUUGAAAACACUUCAUUGCAUCCAGCAGUGAAUGUCUACAAUUUAACAUAGCACAGGGCCUUCUGAAAGAUCUGUAGUCAAAGACUCAUGUGUUUCUCCAGACUUCAGUAAAGAAUGAAAAGUACCUUUAGAUAAAAACAUAAAGAAGAGUAGUGUGUGCAGGAUAGUGAUGUGAGGAUUCUCUGGUAAUCGACUACAUGUAACCGCUGUGGUCGCUUUAGACCUAGAAUAAAAGAGUGCCGGUGUGAGGGAGGUGAGGUCACUGCACGUGGUAUUUCCUGGACAUGGCCUGAGCCUGGCCCAAGAUGCAGCAGGGGUCAGAGGCAGUGGAGAGCGCCAGCAGGAUCAGUGACAGCUUCAGCUGGAGACUUUUGGUUCCAUUCAGAAACUAAUAUAAUCUUUUUGUGUGGUAGUUUAUUUUGUGAUUUUUGGAAUCUUACUUUAGAUUUCCAAAUUUAAAUUUAAAUGGAAGAUCUUUCACCAAACCAGACCAUGUCUACAAAAUACUGUCAUAAACAAUCCACUGUAAAAAGUCCAGGUAUAUUGAUAACACUGAAAAUUCUACUAGCAGUCCUCUGGGUUGAUUAGAUUGAGUUUAAUGUGUAUAUUAGGCAUUUGUAUGUACACUCUGACAUUGUGAUUUGUACGGCCUAUGCUAGGGUAAGGAAUUGGGUAUCCAGUGGUCCUGCUUUUUAAUAACUCGAAUAUUUCUAGAGUACUUGAGCCACAUGUAUUUCUGUAUUUAAGGAAUUGCUGACUAACUUUCAGGUAACCAGACCCAUCUCAAAGAACCAAGAAAAGGCUUUAGCAUAAAAUUUCUUUCUGAGCUGGUGAGUUGCAAAGAGAAAGCAGAGGAGAAGUCUGUCAUCAACCCAGGACGUUCCCAUGUGGUUACAGGUUAGGCCGUGUUGCCAGGUUGGCGCCUGACCCCAGCUCUGGCUGUCCACUCCUCUGUCGCUUAUCCCUGGCUGUCGCUUUACAGGCUUGUAACUGGAUGUCAUACCCAAGCGCUCACUAUGUUAGCAAGCUGAGGAUUGAAAAACUGGAGGUUUUAUUAAUAAUUUUUUGUUAUAGAAAAAAAGUUGUCACACAUUUGUUGAGUAGUUUAAGAAUUUUCUAAAUGCCAACUAUCACAGGAUUUCCAAAAUUAUUUCAAGCUAGUUGUUUAAGUAUAUGACAAAAUGUAAAUAACUGAAAAAAACCCUCAAGUCUACCAAAAAGCAUGGAGGUUUUUACUAGAUAAUAUUAUCAUGCUCUCCCGCUCCCCUUGUGUAAACCUAGGGUUGGGUUAACUUCUCUGGGUCAUUAAAUGGUGAAUGUUCCCACAGUGACAUGAAAAAGGCAACCUGACCCAUGAUUUGGAAGGGAUUUAUGAAUCAUUUCUGGGUUUGUGUUUUGCCUAAGAGCUGAUCUUAUUUCAGAUUUUUAUUUCGGUUUGUAAAUUUUACAUGUAAGAAAAGUCUGUUUUUCCAGUAUUCGGUCACCCAUAACACUGGAGCCGUCUAACUGGUACUUCCCAACUUGAAAGAGCUUCUGAAUGGCUCAGGGCAGAGGCGGCCACGCUCAGUAUGGUCUCUAGUGAGUAGCUGAAGUGUUUGGAAAUUGGUGGUCCAACAGUAACUCUCUGUUAACCACUACGCCGCCGUCUGACCAAGCCCAACAAGAGAGUUUACCGUCUUGGCCAUGAUGUGCAUCCCGGAGUCAGUUCCUUUCAGAGCGCCUGUCUCCAGGGGCCGGGCUAUUUACUUGGGAAGGUACUUUUCUUAGGGAAGGUCUUGGCCAUGGGUUUAUGUCUGGGGCUUAUCUGGUCCAUACUUACACUCUGAGCAUCAUCUUCAUUCAGAUUUAAAUGGCUUAUUAAAUUAGCACUACGUAUCAGUGGGACUGUAGGAGGCAACUGAACAGCUAGUGCUGUUGACUCUUGUUGCAUAACUUUCUAUUUCCAUCAUCCCAAGUUGUGUACAUAGGUCGUUUCUGGCCCUCAACUCCCUUGUUGCUUUUUUAAAAUAAGGUUUGAAACAUGCCACAGGAAGGUUGCUCUCCAAAAACACACACUGCCAUGCAAAGAAUGCCAUCUUAUUAGCCUGCUCUCUUUUGACUAUGCCUUGUGAAAGUGCCCACUUCACGUAUGUGUUCAAACCUUUCUGUACCAGCAUUUCCUUUAAAAGGAAGGCACGGAGUCUCUACUUAUUAACUCUACCAGCCACCCACUCGCACCAUUCCGCUGGGCCCUCCUGCCCUGGCUUGAGCAGCAAGCCGGGCAUCUGUGACAUCGAAGCUGCUCUCCAGGGUCCCAGCUACGUGUUCCAGGUUAGAGUGAGAACAUAGACCGUGUACAGCAUGUGACGUGACCAAAGAUGACGCUCUGUAAUCAAAGCCCCUCUGACCUAACUCGGUGUACAUAAUGGUAAGUGCAAUGGAAAAGGUGUGUGUUUACUAAAGAGGACUAUUUUUAUUGUUUGAGGUAAGUUUCACAGCCAUUAAAGCACAGGUCAGAAUAGCCAGUUGGAUUUUCAGUACACAUGUGUGUAGUUUAGAAGUGGUAUUGUUGUAUUACGUCAUCUUGCAGAAUAUCAUAUUGCCAAGAAAACAACUAACUCCUAGAAACAUAUUAUCUCACAUCCAGUCUUAUUUCCCUAAAUAUUCCUGAAACACAGUCAUAUCAAGCUUACCUUUCCAGUAUGUGUAGAUAUCAGGUCAUGUCACGGGUGGAUGAAUAGAAAGUUACACCAAAGCUUCUACGCAGUCUUUGGAAGUCUAGGAGUGUGUGGUCAUCUUGUACAUUUCAGCAAAGCAUGUACUAGGAAGCCUCUUAGGACAGUGUUAGUGGUUCACGUUCUAGUGUUUUUCCUGAAGUGUGCAAUCUACUGUAUAGUAUUUGCCACAUAUUUGUACAUAGAUGUAUUCUGAAUUUGUGGAGUUUCUUGCUUAGAUACUAUUUGUGUUUGUUUUAUAUGAAUAUUUUUAUAAUACUAAAGAGAGCUUAUUUAAAUUUCCUUUUUAAAACCUGCACGGUUCUGUGAUCUGUGUAACUGACACUUUUGUGAGUGCAGUUUCAGAACAGUGGCAGAGGCCGUCUGGCAUUGCCUCCAAGCUGCCACCCGUUGAAGGCAGUCCUGGUAAUAAGAUAGGCCACUGAACUGUGCAGUCAGCGGACACUGAGUGAUGUAUCAGGAGCGUGUUACCCAUUUUGUCACCAAAGCUGACUCAGGCUUCCUCUACCCUCAACCCCAGAUCAUUCCAGGCCACAGAGCUUUCUUCAGAGUCCUUUCAGAAUUCCCAGGCUGAAUCCAGCCACAACAGCUGACAAUACAGCUGUCCCUGCAAGUGACAGGACAGUCCCUCUGCUGUCUGCAAACAGACCUGGCCUUAGAGAAGUGGUAAAGCACUUGGGCAGGCUUUCGUCCACGCCCUCACGCUGUGUCCGUGGGCCCACCUAGUGGCUAGCCUCACCAGAGCCCCUGCUGUCAGGUGGGGAGUGUGUGGCACCACCAGGGACUUUUUAGAGAACUUGAGAGAGAAUAGCUAUUCAGUGUCUACCAGCAGAGCAACACAGGUCCAUUUACCCGAAUUCACAAAUACCCCUCCGUUUUCUGCCAUCCGUCACUGCAAACAUGAAUCCUGACUACAGGCAGCAGAGCAGAAUACCAAACAAAUUGUCCACUGCCCUGGAGGCCACAAAAUUAGCCUAGAUUAUCAACAAAUGGUAACUGGAAGGUCAGGUUUAUCAAGGAACACAGCUUACCAGUGCAGAAAUGUGUAUUUGGAGAGCAUCCUGACUGCAUUUCAGCUCAUCUGUUAAGUGGUUUCAGUCAAAACUGGAAAAUAGCGAUUGAGAUGUAGUAAUUCUUUUUCCUGGUUCAAACCUUCAGUAACUUGUUCAUUCAACAAUCUUUCUAGGCUGCCUUUUCCUUUGUGAAGUGACUGUCUGCAUGGUAAUAAGCAGGUCGACAUUUUCCACGUUCACCUUUUCUUGCAGUAUUUGAGGAAAUGCAUCAUUGCAAAGGGUUUCUACCUGAAAUCUUUGAUUUGAGGCCUGUAAUUCAAAAAGCUGCACAUGUUUACAAAAGAGCUCUUACCCUCCACGUAAACACAUUGCUCUGUGAAUCAUUUUUGGAAAAUGUCACCAUUUUGUGACAAUGGGAUGGCAAUCUCAGAUCUACAAGGUGCUGUCUGGAAUCAAAUAAAAUGUCAUUGGCAAUAUCCACACAGGUGUCGUGUUUAGCAGAGCUUUGUGCCAACUACUAAGACAAAGCUUGAACCAAGUUCAUCGAAUCACCGAGACUCAGAACAAUUACCUCUCUACAUUAUGCUGUAAGGAAACCUGCUCAUUGGUAAGAGGAGGAAGCAUUUAGAAAAGGGGUUAGUAUCUACCAAAAGUACUUCACCUCAACUAACCAAUAGUAAUGCAAACUUGCUUUAAAGGAACCAAAGGCAUUGCCAAGUAUUUGCCAAAAGGAGGCACUUUUUAUUUAAAAUUUGAGACUAUGAGAUCUCAAAACUCAGUCCCAAAAAGGUAUUAUCCAUUUAAGGUUAUAAUUUUCACAAAGAUGUAGAUAUUUCUCUUGUUUUCAUGUAAAAUAAUAUAGAUUUGUUUUGUUGGCUUAAGAAUAAUACAUAUUUAGUAGUAAUACAAAGUUUUUUCCUUUCUACGUACAAAUUAGUUUUCUUCUUUUCUUGCUUGCAGUAGAAAUGCAACGUGAUAGGUGUUUCUCUUCUUAUUUUCAUUGUCACAUUAUGUCUUAGCAUCUCACUUUAUGAAAAAAAGGAGAAAGAUACCAAUCUACAGAGCCCUGCUUAGUAAAGCACUAGUUGAAUAAACAAAAAAUUAUGGCAAUCGGGGGUCCAUUCAUGUAUUGCCUUUAUGUUAUUUUUUAAAAGAAAAACCAUGAUGCCUUUGUAUUUGCUGUUUGCACCCCUGAAAUCAAUUCCAUAUCAUGUUUGAAUGCCAUACAUUUUGCACAUGUACUGUACAUAGGUAAUGCAUACUGUAUUUUUAUAUGUGUGCACAUUUAUCAUCAGAUCUUUUGUACAUAGUGGCAGUAUUGUAGCUGAUCGGGAAAUGUUUGAUAUCUCAGCGAUUUUGCAUUUUUGUGUCUCAAAUAAAAGAAUGUUUUGGUGUACUA